AUGGGCACUAUCGGGAUUCCAAUGCUUGCCGAGGAGAGGGAGAAUCUACUCUUAAAGCUUUCACAACAAACAAAACAUCUUGAAUUGUCUUUAAUGAGAAAAUUCGACCAAAAAUCCAAGUUUGGUUUGACGCCCACCACCGAAUUUAUAAGGGAGAGGGCAGGAUUAAGACUCUCUUCAGGUUUGGCAAAGCAAAGGCCAGAACACCUGAAGAGUAUGCUUCAUGGUUGCUAG